AUGGAUUUGGAUUCGUCUAUGGUGCCUGAGAAUGAUCGAGAUCCUUCGUCUGAGAAUCAAUCCACAUCGCCUAUGGAGAAGGAAUCGAUUCAGCAGACGAACGACCAAGCACCGGAGGAAACCGGAUCCGAAUCGGCGUCUUUGACUCCCCCGGCGGCGUCAGCUGACGUGGCACAACAACAGCAACAACAACCGCCGCAGGUAACGCCGGUGGUUGGUCCGAGAUGUGCUCCGACGUAUUCGGUGGUGAAUGCUAUAUUGGAGAAGAAAGAAGACGGUCCUGGUCCUAGAUGUGGACACACUUUGACGGCGGUUCCUGCCGUUGGUGAGGAAGGGACGCCGAAUUACAUUGGCCCACGUCUCAUCUUGUUCGGUGGUGCCACGGCGCUUGAGGGCAAUUCAGGUGGAACAGGAACACCAACUUCAGCUGGAAGUGCAGGCAUUCGACUAGCUGGUGCUACUGCUGAUGUUCAUUGUUAUGAUGUUCUCUCUAAUAAAUGGUCAAGGCUAACACCGUAUGGAGAACCACCUAGUCCAAGAGCUGCGCAUGUUGCCACUGCUGUUGGGACCAUGGUAGUUAUUCAGGGUGGAAUAGGUCCUGCUGGUUUAUCAGCUGAGGAUCUUCACGUUCUUGAUCUCACUCAACAACGGCCACGAUGGCACAGGGUUGUUGUUCAGGGUCCUGGACCAGGACCAAGGUAUGGACAUGUCAUGGCAUUGGUAGGACAGAGGUAUCUCAUGGCAAUUGGUGGAAAUGAUGGAAAACGUCCGUUAGCUGAUGUAUGGGCUUUGGACACUGCUGCCAAACCUUAUGAAUGGCGUAAGCUGGAACCAGAAGGGGAAGGUCCACCUCCAUGCAUGUAUGCAACUGCAAGUGCGCGGUCUGAUGGCCUUCUUCUUCUUUGUGGUGGAAGAGAUGCGAAUAGUGUGCCCCUAGCAAGUGCAUAUGGACUUGCCAAGCACAGAGAUGGACGUUGGGAAUGGGCCAUAGCCCCUGGUGUUUCACCUUCCGCCAGAUAUCAGCAUGCAGCAGUCUUCGUAAAUGCAAGACUCCAUGUCUCUGGUGGGGCACUUGGUGGUGGACGCAUGGUAGAAGACUCAUCUAGCGUUGCAGUGUUGGAUACUGCAGCAGGGGUUUGGUGUGAUACAAAAUCGGUUGUUACUAGUCCGAGAACUGGUAGAUAUAGUGCUGAUGCAGCUGGUGGUGAUGCUUCUGUCGAGCUGACUAGGCGUUGCAGACAUGCUGCUGCUGCAGUGGGUGAUUUAAUAUUUAUCUAUGGUGGUUUACGAGGAGGAGUGUUACUUGAUGACCUACUGGUUGCUGAAGAUCUGGCUGCGGCGGAAACAACAUCUGCUGCCUCUCAUGCUGCUGCAGCAGCAGCAGCAACAAACUCACCCCCUGGCCGUUCACCUGGAAGAUAUGGAUUUUCUGAUGAAAGGACAGGGGAGCUACCGGAACCAGCUCCUGACGCUGUUGUGCUGGGAAGUCCUGUUGCACCCCCUGUAAACGGUGAUAUGUAUACUGAUAUAAGCACUGAAAACGCAAUGGUUCCAGGACAACAUUGUAGGAGAACAAGCAAGGGUGUGGAGUAUCUCGUUGAAGCAUCCGCUGCGGAAGCUGAGGCUAUUAGUGCAACAUUAGCUGCUGCAAAGGCACGGCAGGUCAACGGUGAAGUUGAACUCCCAGAUAGGGAUCGUGGUGCUGAGGCUACACCCAGUGGAAAACCUGCAGCCUCCUCAUUAAUUAAGCCUGAUUCUGCGGUAGCAAAUAGUGUUAUUCCUCCAGGUGUUCGACUUCAUCAUAGAGCUGUGGUGGUUGCUGCAGAAACAGGAGGAGCCUUAGGUGGAAUGGUUAGACAGUUAUCUAUUGAUCAAUUUGAAAAUGAGGGACGCCGUGUUAGUUAUGGGACACCUGAAAGUGCAACAGCAGCAAGGAAAUUAUUAGAUCGGCAGAUGUCAAUCAAUAGUGUUCCGAAAAAGGUUGUAGCUCAUCUUUUGAAGCCUCGUGGGUGGAAGCCUCCAGUUCGACGCCAGUUUUUCUUGGAUUGCAAUGAAAUAGCUGAUCUUUGCGACAGUGCAGAACGUAUCUUCUCAAGCGAACCUACUGUGUUACAGCUGAAAGCUCCUAUUAAAAUAUUUGGUGAUUUGCAUGGUCAGUUUGGGGAUCUCAUGCGCCUUUUUGAUGAAUAUGGUUCACCAUCAACAGCUGGAGACAUAUCAUACAUCGAUUAUCUCUUCUUAGGGGACUAUGUUGAUCGAGGUCAACACAGCUUAGAAACAAUUACACUUCUGCUUGCGUUAAAGGUCGAAUACCAAAAUAACGUACACCUGAUUCGUGGAAACCAUGAAGCUGCUGAUAUUAAUGCCCUUUUUGGUUUCCGGAUAGAGUGUAUUGAGCGAAUGGGUGAGCGUGAUGGGAUCUGGGUGUGGCACCGGAUAAACCGUUUGUUUAACUGGUUACCUCUGGCUGCAUUGAUUGAGAAGAAAAUUAUAUGUAUGCACGGAGGAAUUGGUCGGUCGAUAAAUCAUGUGGAGCAGAUAGAAAACAUCCAACGUCCAAUUACGAUGGAAGCAGGCUCAAUUGUGCUAAUGGAUUUACUAUGGUCUGAUCCAACUGAAAACGACAGUGUUGAAGGUUUGAGGCCUAAUGCUAGAGGUCCUGGAUUGGUUACUUUCGGGCCUGACCGUGUCAUGGAGUUUUGCACCAACAAUGAUCUUCAGUUGAUUGUACGUGCGCACGAAUGUGUGAUGGACGGAUUUGAGCGUUUUGCUCAAGGGCAUUUGAUAACGCUCUUCUCAGCUACAAAUUACUGUGGUACUGCAAACAAUGCUGGUGCUAUCUUGGUGUUGGGGAGAGAUCUUGUGGUGGUUCCUAAGCUUAUACAUCCGUUGCCUCCAGCAAUUACAUCACCUGAAACUUCGCCGGAAAGACAUAUAGAGGACACAUGGAUGCAGGAGUUGAAUGCCAAUAGACCACCAACACCAACCAGAGGACGCCCACAAAAUCCAAAUGACCGCGGCUCGCUUGCUUGGAUAUAA